AUGUCAGAAUUAUUGCGAUACCCAACAUGCAUGAAAAAUGGGAAAAAUGAGCUUAAACAAAUUGUUUGUGAUGGUAAACAAGUAGAGGAGUCAGAUAUUGAUAAAUUACCCUAUCUGCAAGCGAUUAUAAAGGAAACUACGAGAAUGCGCCCGCUAGCCCCGUUUCUUAUCCCUCGCCAAGUUUAUACAGAAGUUGAUUUAUGUGGUUACACAAUCCCAAAGGGAGCACAAGUAUUGGUUAACGUUUGGGCAAUAGGUCGAGACCCCGAUAUCUGGGAAAGCCCCAUGGAAUUUAAGCCUGAGAGGUUUAUAGAUUAA